AAUACAAGACAGAGUAGACUUGUCUUUCUUUCUUCUUCAUCAUAUCAAGAUCCUGCAGAAUUCGAAAAACCUUUGACCUCUUAAGAAUUCGAAUCAUAACUUUGUGCAUUGAAGGAAUCAUAAAUUUUGCUCACCAGGCUUUAGUCAGCUGAGUUUGUUAGUUGGGAAGAAGAAAAGAGAUGGUGCUUCCGUUGAUGAAACUGGGUACUCUAUUGGUCAAAACCGUGAGUAAGCCCUUAGCUAGUCAGCUUAAGCACCAAGCCAAGGUUCAUCCCCAGUUUCGUCAGUUUAUCAUCAACUUCGCUCAGCGAAACCAUAGAAUAACGACGCAAAUGCAAAGAAGGAUAUAUGGGCACGCCACUGAUGUUGAGAUUCGUCCCUUGGACGAGGACAAGGCUGUGCAAGCUGCUGUUGACCUUAUUGGAGAGCUCUUCAUCUUUGCCGUGGGUGGAGGCGUUGUUAUUUUUGAGGUUCAAAGAAGUUCACGCUCAGAAACUAGAAAAGAGGAAGCGCGUAAGCAGGAGCUAGAGGAAUUGAGAAGAAAAGAUGAAGAAAUUGAAAAGAAAAUUGUGGAUCUUCAGAGCAGACUAGCUGAGGUUGAACAACUUGCCCAGGCACGUGGACUGACGGGUAUGUUCAAGUUAAGACAGCAACCCAAUGCUACUAAGGGUAGCGAUAAACCAGCUGAUACAUCCGCUCAAUCAUCAUCAUCUUAAUCAUUCUCCAAGACUCAUCCAAAGUUAACAACAAAUACAGUAAUGAUUCUUUUAAGGGGGAGGACGAGUUUCCGAUUCUUUCCUCCACAUUCUUGUAAAUCGACCAUCAUAUAUGCAUAUACUGUAUCACCAUCAUUCUGCGUUAUAACAACUAUCUAAGUCAAAUUUGGUGACAAAUAAAAAAGUUUUGAUGUU